GUUGAUUAGCGCGUGGUAAAGUAUACAGUCGGUGUCUUCGGUAUGUUUGAGCUGUCAGUUAUUUGUCGCUUUAUUGCCGUAUGUUAUUUGUAUUACCGCAUUUGAUGAGAUAAAGACUCACCUCUGUGAUAAUGAUGGAUGCAGGAAUUCAGAGUCAUCCCAAUUUUGAGAUGUUGGCCCAGAUAGGUAAUGGUGCAUAUGGCACUGUUUACCGUGCACGUUCAGCGAGUGGGCAAAUUGUGGCUGUAAAGAAAGUCCGUGUGAACCUUUCUGCUGAUGGUAUACCUUUGUCUACACUUCGUGAAGUUGUUCUUUUGAAGGAAUUGGCUCAGUAUGAACAUCCGAAUAUAGUGAAACUACUGGAUGUCUGCACGGGUCAUAGAACAGAAACCGAUCUGUAUCUGUUUUUAGUGUUUGAACAUUUGGAGCAGGAUUUGUCUAAUUACAUUGAAAAGUGUCCCCGGUCUGGCAUGGGAGCAAGCUUGGUGAGAGACAUUAUGUUCCAGACUCUGAGUGGUGUUGAUUUUCUCCAUAGUAAGCGUGUAAUUCAUCGAGAUCUGAAACCUCAGAACAUCCUGAUUUCUUCUUCAGGAACAGUGAAGUUAGCAGACUUUGGGCUGGCUAAGACUUACGACUUUGAAAUGCUACUUACUUCUGUUGUUGUAACCAUAUGGUAUCGUGCUCCAGAGGUUCUUCUCAACUCAACAUAUGCUACACCAGUUGAUAUCUGGUCCUGUGGUUGUAUUAUGGCUGAAUUGUUUCUCCUUCGUCCUAUAUUUUGUGGAACAUCAGAAGUUGAUCAACUGGACAAGAUAUUCAGCAUCUUAGGAACACCGCCAGAAACAAGUUGGCCAGAGCAGACACCAUUACCUUGGUCUGUUUUCAAAAACUACAAAGCUGCUGACCUGGAAGGGAUGAUGCCUGAUUGCUCCCCAGAUGGUCUGAAUCUUUUGCAGAAUUUGUUGAUGUUUGACCCUUGUCAGAGAAUCAGUGCUGCAAAAGCUUUAGCUCAUCCUUAUUUCAAGGAGCAUGGAUACAUUGCACGCUAGCAGAACUGUAUUUACUUGGAUUCUCAGAAGAAAGAAGAAUGUGCACAAGUACUUUGAGUUGAUAAAAGAUUGCAAUAAAAUAAACAGUGUUGCUCACUCGCCACACUGCAUUCCUGAAAAACUCAAUAUUGUGUAUGUAUAUGAAACAGAUGUUAGAACAUGUUCAUAUUCUGAAAACACACAUGAUAAGUUGUAGAUAUGGGCAUAUGUUAAGUACAUAAAUGUUAAAGAGCGAUGGAAAUUAUACAUGAUAGUUAAAGGCAUUGUAAUGAGGUUUUUAUUAAAUUUUCAUUCACUUAAAAAGUGUCACUGCUCACAACUUUUGUAAUAUUAAAAGAAAAUGAAGGUUAUAAUCUCAGGAGUAAGUUAGGAACUGUCUCAAGUCAGUUAAUGGUCCAGUUACGUACAUUUUUUAAUAAUUGUCAGAAUAUGUAGAAUUAGAAACCAGUAUGUAUUCCUGUGGACUGUACCAUCUCGGUAGUAUUGACAUUUGUAUUUUGAGCUUUAAUGGUGAGCCCAAGAAUGUUGCAGCUUUCAACUUUAAUGUUGAAUUUGAGAGAUGUUUGCAUGUUAUGUGAGUUUUUUUACAUUAGUUUAAGUACUGAGCUACAGCCACCAUUUUGUAUCUCAAUUUUUGUUCAAGGUAAUGUGUGCUGUGUGCCUUGCAACAGAGUGACAAGAUUUUCAUUUUCUUUGAAAUGCUAAAGAAAAUGGAAUGUGUGUUUUAAAUUCAUUGGAGCUUUUACAUCAAGAAUAUAUAUUUGUUGUGGUGUUACAGAGUACCCCAUGGAUAUUUUGAAGUUGUACACGGUAAUAUAUAUUAUUGGUACUCAACAAAUGGGCAUUCUCACAUCCAUGUUAUUAGUACAGAAGCCCCACCCCUCCCCUUCCCCAUGAAAAAUGAGUGAUCGUAGGGCAAUUAAACUUUGUGGAAACAUUUAUAGGGGCUUGUGGAAGGAAAAUAAUGAAUAAACCUCUGGAAGAAACACAUUCUAAUUUCCAGAUGAGAGGCUUCAAAUCUGGUGAUGUUGUUGGUUACGCGGUUUGGAACGAUCAGCCAAUGGUUCCGUUUUCUUCAAAUGUAUUACAGACUAAGAGAGUGACCUCACAAGCAGUGUGAGUUGGAGCUCCUUAGUGCAUUGAAACAUGUGAGGCCAAAGCACCUACCUCCCAUAAAGCAGGUACCACCUGUUGAUAAGCAUAUCACAGUACAUGUGCUGUUCAGACUGCAUGUCUUUGGUCCUUUGGGAGUUCCUCAAAGAAAAAUGGAGCAAUCAUGAACUGUGCAGUGAAGCCACACUGCACAGUGAUGCAUUCAGUAUGCAGGGUAACGUCAAAAAUGUUCGUUGGCAAUGACUGUCCCCAAAUUUGAGUGUGCUCACUGUCCCAUUGAGUGUAAUGUGUGUUUCACUACUGCGCAAAGUGUUCCAAGGCCACAGGUCAUCAACUUUAACACUUGCAAGAAACAUAGGAACAAAAUCUACUUGAAUGUCCGCAUCACAUGGCAAAAGUUGGUGAGUAAUGUGAAGUUUGUACAGAUACUAUUUCACAAUUGAUAACAGCACUUUUUGAAUGAUGGAGCAUGCAAUGUUCAGCUAUUGUAACACAUUUUGUGCACUGAUUGGAGCUCACACGUUGCCUCCAGCAUUCUCAGCUUUGGCGACAGUAACUUUUUCAACAAUUUGUAGUGCAAUUGGCAGUCACUUCUCCAGCGAGCUAACCAGAUCAUUUGCCGAUCAUUCCAAACUGUGUAACCACCUAGAUCACCAGAUUUGAACCCUCUCAAGUGGAAAUCAAAAUGUGUUACUUUCAGUGAUUUAUUUGUUAUUUCACUUCCAUUUGUUCACACAAAUUUUUCCAUAAAGUUUCAUUGUCCCACGAUCACUUGUUUUUCAUGUGGCCCUAUUAAGUAGCAAAAGUUUAAUUAUAAUGACCCUGUAUUUAUUAUAAAAAUGUGUGAGCUAUUCAUGUAUAAUAUAAAGAUACAUAUUAGUCAUCUGGGGAGUAGCAAAUAUUAUAGACUUAAUAAAAAAUUUUACAUUGUUUUGAUAUUGUUAAUAUUCAGUUUUCAUGUGUGUUGAAACUUAGCAUCUCAGCAAUGAUUAAUUUUAAGUUUGUAGUACUAUAAAAUCUUCGGAUAAACCUCAGAGCUGUGAAUGAUGUGCCUUUGUUUAAUAGUCUGUUCGUUGGAUGAUGUGCAGAAACCAGUUAAUACAGGUGCUGGUACUAGACGUUUGUACUCAGUGCCCACAAAAUGUAUUAAAUUUUAAUGUUGUUAUAACAUUUGCAAAACAUGACUUAUUUCUUGUAC